ACGCGCAGCAGCUGAAGCGCGCGCGGAGAAGCGGGGACAGCUGUGCUCAACUUAAGUCACUGAAAGUCGCUUCGUUUCGCUUAUCUUUCUCUGACCAUUCACACAUAUACAGAUACAUAUAUCCGUUUUUUCUUUUCUUAAUACAGCUUGUGUGUAUUUAAUACCAGCUGCACAUGGUUUUUUCUUUCAAUAUGGGAAAAACAGAUUUUAGAUUAUCUCUUUUAAGGUUUCUGCCCUGCGUUUUGAGGACAGCCUCCUCAUUUUGAUGCGAUUUAUCGGGAAGCUAUUUUUCCAUUUUUAUUUUUGAAGUAUUCCUAUCAGUUGACAUUUUCGAUGCUUUCUUACCUGUGACACUGACGGAAAAUGGAGGCUGUGUUUGAGAGGGAGUGCGGUGCGCUUGGGGGGCUUUUCCACACCGUUAUCAGCGACAUGAAGAGCAGCUACCCUGUCUGGGAGGACUUCAUCAACAAGGCUGGCAAGUUUCAGUCCCAGCUCAGGACCACUGUGGUGGCAGCUGCAGCAUUCCUGGAUGCCCUGCAGAAGGUGGCUGACCUAGCCAUGGGCACACGAGGCGGCACCAGGGACAUCGGCUCAGCUCUCACUAGGAUGUGCAUGCGACACAGGAGCAUAGAGGCCAGGCUGCGGAAGUUCUCAGCGUCUUUCAUAGACUGCCUGAUCAUCCCGCUCCAAGAUCAAAUGGAGGAGUGGAAAAGGGGGGUCAACGCUCUGGAUAAAGACCACGCCAAGGACUAUAAGAAAGCUCGGCAGGAAAUCCGCAAAAUAUCCUCUGAGACGCAGAAGCUGCAGAAGAAGGCAAAGAAAGGGAAGGGGGACCUCCGGCUGCAGAGGGGCGGAGCCAUGCAGGGCGUGAGCAACAAGUACCUGGUGCUGGAGGAGACGGAGACGCAGGCCCUGCGGAAGGCGCUGCAGGAGGAGAGGGGGCGCUUCUGCACCUUCGUGUCCAUGCUGCAGCCCGUGCUGGACGAGGAGAUCGCCAUGCUGGGGGAGAUCACCCACCUGCAGGCCAUCACUGAUGACCUCAAAGUGCUUACUGUGGACCCCCACAAGCUGCCUCCCGCCAGUGAGCAGGUUAUCCUUGACCUGAAAGGCUCAGAUUACACCUGGUCCCGUCAGACCCCCCCGCCAUCUCCCAGUAUCGGGUCCCGGAAGUCCAGCAUGUGCAGCAGUCUGAACAGCGUGAACAGCAGCGACUCGCGUUCUCCCUCUGCACUGUACUGCCACCGGGGCGGCGCCGUCCCCCUACAGCCCUCAGGCCGCCUUUACAGCGUCUCAUCCCAGGACUCGGGCUUUGUGUCCCAGGAUGCCUUCCCGUCCAAGUCGCCCUCCCCCAUGCCCCCAGAGUUCUCACAGAUGUACCCCAGCCCUGUUUCCCCAGAACCCCCCGGAGCUGGAGUCAGUGAGGGUGAUCCCCUCACCCCAGCGGUGAAGCCAGGCAGAUGCCAUCGCUACCCUCCCACCACCCCACCACACCCGCCCGAGAAAGGACAUCCUGAGCCUCAUUUCCCCGUCCCUCCCCCUCCCUCUGCCUCCCCCUCCCCCUUGUGGGCGUGGCCUGGCACCUGCCACGCCCCUCUCCCCUCCUACACUCCCUUCUGCCCGUUGGGUCCUGGCAUGAUCCCGUCCUCCAGGGUGCCCAGCUGGAAGGACUGGGCCAAGCCGGGCCCAUACGACCAGCCCAUGGUGAACACCUUAAAGAAACCCAAACGGACCCCGGAGCAGGCUGAAACGUGCCGAGCCGUCUCACAGAAUGGCGGCGUCCCCAAGGCCCUGACUGCAUCUGGCACCGACAAGGAGGAGAUACAGGCCCACCAGGAGCUGGCCCUGAGCCUGGCCCGAGGGCUGCCCCACGACCCCCAGGGCUCCGGCUCCAGUGGAUACAGCAGCCAGAGCCCAACCCCCUGCGGCUCGGAGGACACCCUCCCUUCAGAGGUUUCCGACUGUGACUAUUUCUCGAUUGGCGGAGAACAGGAAGUGGAUGGGCGGGACUUCCAGAAGUGCUCCACCAUCCUGCGUAACGGUGACAUCAGCCAGUCCUACAUCCCUGUGACCCAGGUCCGGCGCCCCCUCUCCACAGGAGGCUCCGCCCACCCCACCCCGGGCGUGGCCACCAUCCGCAGAACACCCUCCACUAAGACCCCUGGGAGGCGGCCUGUCGGGGUAUCUGCCAUUCCAGUGAGGACCCCCUCGGUGCCGGAUUCGGCAGGGGGCUUGUCCUAUGGCAUUGCAGGGGGGGCGGGCCUGGGGGCAGACUCAGUUGCAACUCAGGGACAUGACAUACUCCUUGCCAUUCGCCAGGGGGUCAGGCUGAAGAAGACGAUGACCAAUGACAGGUCGACACCGCAUGUAACCUAAAGCCCUUCAACACACCGAGCAGGGUGUCAUCAGCCAAUCACGGGGAGGGGGGGGGGGGUGGGUGAUAUUUCUAUUUCUGUAAAUUAUGUAUGAAUUUUCAGGAAUGUGUACAUACUUUGAGACAUUUAACUUAUGCUUGAUUCUCUUGUUUUGUCUCUAAACCCUCAUUCAGGGGUGAGCAAUCAAAACCCGCAUAUACACCAGCCCUUAGCGGAUAGGAUUGCCCGCCCCUGCCCUAAUCUGUUAUCAACAAGGCAUUGACCUUGAUUUAAAAAGCAGUUAUGUGCUUAGUGUGUUGUUGAACUUUAUGUGAAAGUUUUAAAGCAGACCUUAUUUUGCAGGUAACUCUCUACGGUCUGACAGUCUUGUUGUUUAAUGUUCAUACUGCCACACAGGUCGGUGUGAGUAUAAGGAUCACUGGGCGAUAUUAUCGAUAAGAGACUGAACAAAAACUCAAAUACGGGGAAGUGCUAACUCUGAUGAGGUUUUAAGUGAGGGAAAGGACUGUAAACGUUCCAGGGAUGGAGUGCAUGUGAAUUUGAGUGCCCUGUUGGUGAUGUCCUGUAAGCUGUCUGUAAAGUUGAAAUGUUUGGAUAUAGUGCACUUACAGUGCAUGUCUGGAACUUAAUGUCACUAUUAAAUACCAUCUUGUGUUUCCAUACAAUGUCACACUUUUUACAUGCUAGAUGUGAUAAAGUUUUACUUUUGCAGCGUCUCCUAAGCUCCCCGGGCUGUAUAUCUCCUUCUUCUGUAGAACAAUGUUGUGAUUCAAUCUUUAUUAAACGUAUAUGCUAUA